UCGAAAACGAUCCCUAUAAACUUACUCAGUCGCUCGCCCAACUUUUGACAGCUAGCGCGUAGCAAGGAGGCGGUUCAAAUGACAGCUAGAUGACUGCACUACCGAGAAAAAUCUGGCAAAAUCAAAACACUAGAAGCUAUUUUCGUUCUGUAUAAUUUGAGUGAGUCCAUAAAGUUUACCAACACACCUACAGGUUGCUGCUAUAUAAAAUGUGCCACACAUGACACUACACCCAGUGAAUUGUCAGAUGCCCAUAAGUAUGCCGGUUCCUGUAGAAAGACAUUUCGAUUCUGGGUACACAUUUGGGAAACGUAGGGACUCGUUGCUUACAAAGUUUGAUCUACUGUUUGAAGACAGUUUGAAAGAAUGGAUGAGCUUCAAGCCUGCCAUUGGACUCGCUGUGUACCCAUGUUACGCUUGCAGACAUAUGUUCAGUACGAAAUCCGCCCUACAAGACCACGUGAACCGCCGAGUGCUGGUCUUCCAGUACACCUGCACCAAUUGCUCCGAAAUCCAACCGUGCGUCUUUUACAACCGAUGCGCCCUCUUGUUGCAUCUGCGCACGCAUUUCGAUUUCGAUCGGGGCGAGAUCGACCUUGAUGCGCUCGUCACCGGUUUCCUGCCUAUCUCAUUGGCUGGCUUUCUACCUCACCCCGAUAUUCCAAGGUUAUACGAUGCGCCAGAAUCGAACGAUCGAGUCGAUAGUUAUAUCAACACCCAGUUCUAUACGCCUGACUUGACAGAGAGAGGAAAGCAAGUGGUUAUACUGAAGGCGAAUAGUUUGACGUUUGAGGAGAGUGGGGGGCAAGGCAUUACCUUGAUGCAGGUUUCACUGGAAGUACCAAAAUGCGAGUUCAUCACCUUGGAGCACCACUUGAAACUGAAACAAGCCUACUCAGCAAAUAGACAUCAUGAAGAAUGGCAAAACCAACAACAGCUUCAAUUGCAGUCGUUGGUGUCCAGGGUUAAUGGCGCAGCGCCUGUAGAUAUCAAGGAAGAACCUCAGGAUGACGAUAACUCCAGCUCUGACUAUCAUCAGAACAUGACCCUACCUGUCAUUGCCAAGGUUGAGUCGUUACAAGAAAACAAUAACACAGUCAUUCUGCCCAAGUGUUUGGAAUGCAAUUUGUACCAAGAGUGCACGAUGGCCGAACAUUACCUAGGCGACAACCGACCUGCCGAUAUGAACCUACGCUGUCUCACCUGCAAAUUCAUCGCUUCCACCGAGUGCUCCUUAAAGGCUCACAUCCGGAUCCACUCUGAAAUUCCCCCUCAUGUAUGUCCCGAUUGUGGCAGGCACUUUGAAAAUCCUGAGACACUCAGAGAACACAUGAGUGAGGUUUGCUUCCAUCUCGCAAAACUGGUGCGAUAUAGAUGCCCAGGCAAAAAGUGUGGCAAAUUGUUCGCAAACAACAACACUUUUGGCAUACACCUCAAGAAUCAUCUGAUUCAAUCUUUGACCUGCUGUGUGUGCAACGCCAUCUUGCAUUCCAACAUCGAGGCGGAAGAGCACAAAUUGCGACAUCCCGAAGAAGAAAGACAAAACUGUGUUUUCAGGAGGAAACAUCACUGCCUCAUUUGUCCAGACGAUAUUAUCACUGAUAAGAACUACACGGAGCACAUCAAUAUGCAUACUUCCGAAAUGGAUCGUUGUAUUUACGUGUAUAUGUGCAAGCUGUGUAGGAGCAGUUUUAGAUCGACUACGACGUUCGCGUCUCACUCGCUGAGGUGCAACGGCAGAGGACCAUCUGGGGGAAAUUCUGCGAAAAAUAAGAAGUCUGGCUUCUUUACUAAAGACUGCGAAGGAUGUGAUACCAAAAUUAUCUACAGCAAUGAAAAACCUUUAAGGUUUUGCAACGGAUGUAAGAUGACCAAACUUCUCAAGCCGCCCUCUAUCGAGUCUGAACCGGAGCCAGAGAAGUCUCAAGUGCCUGAGAAGCCACAGAAGCUUGUACAUAAAAGAUACUACUGCGUUCUUUGCAAGAACAAAAUAACCAUAGAAGAAAAAGUGACACACAUGCGACGUUGUGGAUAUGCCCAUCCUCUAGUCCUUAUCAAAAAACUGACACACAGGCAAAUCCAAAAGUACACAGUACCUGGGGGCGUCAAAGACGAGUUAGCUUCCCCGCCUCCAAAACGUCGAUCUGACCCAAAGUCUCCAAAUAAAGAUGAAAAUAGAAGAAGCAGAAAACGGCCUUCCAGGCCCAGACCAAAGCCUGAUUUGGAACCUGAUUUGACAGCUGGCGAACCAAUGACGUUUGAUGGAACGUACUACUGCAAACUUUGCGAUUUUAAAAAUGAGAAUAGGGAAGAGUUUCAUCAACAUAUCAAAGACCAUCGAGAUGUUUCAACGGCUUAUCAAUGUAUGGAGUGUGGAGAGUGCUUCGUGGUGAAACCGUCUUUAAUGAAGCACUUGAUGCAUUUUCACAAUGUGGCAGACUGUGAAGCUUAUUUAGAAGCUAACGAUUGUUACGAUGUUGAAGCUGUGAAGGAACUUCAGGAGACUGUUCGUUUGGGGCCUUUGGCUGUCGCAGAUUCUGAGGAACCUUUGAAAGAAAAUCAAUGCAGGGUUUGCAGGGAAGAGUUCGAAGAUUCUGCCAGUUUGAACAAGCAUUUCAGGAUUCAUGGAAUGGCGUUUUUGUUGAAGAAUUCAAAGUGAUUAGUUAUGUAGUUUCGUAAAUAAGAGAACAUCUUUGUUAAUGAAUGCGUCUUUAAGAUACUUUGUUUCAAAUAGAUCCAAAACGUUAGUUUCCAAACUGCAAUUAGCAUAGAAGGAGCAGUAAAAGGCCUUAUGGUUCCAGUUCGAAGCUUGAUUAGAAACCUGGCAUAACAUUUGACAGAUGAAACUACUGCAAAUUUGCGGGUGGGAAUUGCACAGGGUUUGAUCAACAUACCAAUUGCCAAAGACCAUCGAGAAGUUUCAACGGCUUAUCAAUGCAUGGGGUGUGGAGAAUGCUUCGUGGUGAAACCGUCUUUAAUGAAGCACUUGAUGCAUUAUCAAAAUAUGACAGACUGUGAAGUUUAUUUAGAAGCAAACGAUUGUUAUGAUGUUGAAGCUGUGAAGGAACUCCAGGAAACAGUCUGGUUGGGGCCUCUGGCUGUCACAAAGUCUGAGGAACCUUUAAAAGAAAAGCGUUGCAGGGAAGAGUUCGAGCAUUCUACCAGUUUGAAAAAGAAUUUAAGGAUUCGCGGAAUGGCGUCAAAGCGAUCUGUUAUGUAGUUUUGUUAAUACAUGUGUUCAUUUUUGGUAAUAAAUGCAUCUUUAGGACACCUAGUUUCUUUCAAAUAAAUCCAAACGUUAGUUUCCAAACUUCAAUUAGCAUAGAAGGAGCAGUAAAGCUCCUGGUCCCAAGUAGACGCUUGACUAGAAUCUUGACAGCUGACACGCUGUGACAUUUGGCAAAUCAAACUACUGCAAACUUUGCGAUUUCAUUUGUAGGAAUCAACCGCUUAUCAACGCAUGUAGUGUGACGAGCACAUCCUCGUGAAACCAAUUUAGUUAAGCACUUGAUGUAUUUUGGCAAUAUAUACUAAGUGACAUAUAAA